CAUCCAGUUCUGGAUAGAUCUAUCCAUUAUAAUAUGGUAAGUGUUAAUAUGUUGUUGUUUAAUUCAGAGUACAUGGAUUUUGGUGAGAUGGAUCGUUGUUGCCAUCACUAUGGUGCACUUUUCUGGUAUGCUGAGAGACUUGCAAUGAGUAAACAAUCAUCUAAUCCAAAGUUCUCAAAGUGUUGCCUUCAAGGGAAGAUAUCGGUUCCACUCUUCCCAUCUCCUCCGGUUUUACUUCAAAAUUUACUGUCAGGAAUUGACCCGCGAAGCCGUCAUUUUUUUGAGCACAUUCGCACAUACAAUAGCAUGUUUGCAUUCACGUCGCUUGGCGGUAAAGUUGACGCUAACAUGAAUGAUGGCGGCGGGCCCUCGCAAUUUGUCAUCAGUGGGCAGAACUACCAUCGCAUUGGAAGUUUAUUACCGACUGAAGGGCAGAAGCCGAAGUUUGCGCAGCUCUACAUAUAUGAUACAAAAAAUGAAGUUGCGAAUAGGAUGGGACAUUUCAGUGAAAGGUCUUCCAGAAGUAGCCUUGACCAAAGUUUAGUCAAUGAUCUCAUGAAGAUGAUCGAUGAAUCUAAUGUGUUCGCUAAAACCUUUAGAAGGGUUCGAGAUCACAUUGAAGAUGGUGUUGAAAAUGUGGCUUUGAGGUUAUUUCAUAAUCGUCACCAAAAUCCAAACUCAUAUAAUCUCCCAAAUGUAGACGAGGUUGCUGCUUUGAUAGUUGGAGACUUUGAUAGCUCUGAUUGUGGCCGUGACAUUAUUAUUCGCACCCAAAAUGGCUACCUGCAGAGAAUUCCGAAGUAUCAUGUUUCGUUUUUGCCCCUGCAAUACCCCAUUAUUUUUCCUUAUGGUAAUGGCAAAUAUGCUAAAGGUAUUAGCUUUUCCAUAGAGUCGACUAAUGAUUGCGAUUGGAAACGUGAAGGGGUCUCUUUCAGAGAAUGGGUUGCAUUUAGAUUGCAAGAAAGAGGUAAUGAGUGCAAUAUGCUGAUCCGGAGUAGAAGAUUGCUUCAAAAAUUUGUUGUUGAUUGCUAUUCAAUGAUUGAGUCUGGUCGUCUGUUCUUUUAUAGAAAUAGACAACACAUUAUCCGUAGAGAGGUUUUGUCUGGAAUACAAGAGGCGAUAGAUCGGGGAGACACUAACGCAGCAACUAUUGGAUCAAGAAUUAUGCUGCCCUCAUCAUUUACAGGUGGCAGGCGUUACAUGUUCAACAAUUGUCAAGAUGCGAUGGCAAUUUGCAAAGCAUUUGGAUACCCAGAUCUGUUCAUUACUAUGACAUGCAACCCUAAAUGGCCUGAAAUUGAGCGUCAAAUUGCGAAGCAUGGGUUAUCUACGUACGAGAGACCAGACAUUGCAUGUCGAGUGCUUCGUGCCAAACUUGACCAACUAAUGGCUGACUUUAGGAAGGGCGAAUUUUUUGGUAAAACUAUGGCAGGUACAUUAACUUUUGUUAGUUAUUAAAUUUAAUAUUGGGUCUAAUAUACUUUGCACCGCAAUACGUGUAUCACUAAUAAUGUUUUCUAUUCAAAUACAGCGACCUACACUAUUGAGUUUCAAAAGAGGGGUUUGCCGCAUGCUCACAUUCUACUAUGGCUUCAUCCCGCAUGUAAAUUAAAUUCUAUUGCCAUGAUAGAUUCAGUCAUAUGCGCGGAACUUCCAAAUCCAGAUAUGUAUCCCAAUCUUUUUAAUGUCGUGUCUAACUUUAUGGUACAUGGACCAUGUGGAUCAAGCAACAAUCGAUCACCAUGUAUGAAAAAUGGCAAAUGCUCGAAAUUUUUCCCUAAGAAAUACACAAACUCAACAUCAUUUGAUAGGGACGGAUUUCCUAUAUAUAGAAGAAGGAACACUGGAGUAACAACAACCAGAAGAGAUAUCCCGUUGGACAAUGGCUUUGUUGUUCCGUACAAUCCUAAAUUGCUAAUGAAAUAUCAAGCCCAUAUCAACAUUGAAUAUUGCAACAAGGCAAAUUCAAUAAAGUACUUAUUUAAGUACAUAAAUAAAGGUGUUGAUCGUGUUACUAUGGCGAUGUCUCUGCCAAAAGAUGGUAUUGAAGUUGAUGAAAUUAAACAGUACUAUGAUUGUAGAUAUUUAUCUCCAUGUGAAGCAGUUUGGAGGAUAUUUAAGUUUUUCAUCCAUGACCAAUGGCCGCCUGUUAACAAUCUCACAUUUCACUUACCCAAAAAGCAAUCGGUCAUAUUCUACAAUGAUCAGAAUAUUAAUGAUGUUUAUGACCGAUCCAAAGAGAAGAUAACUAUGUUCGUGGCUUGGAUGGAGGCUAAUGCAAAGUAUCCUACCGCAAAGGAUUUGACGUAUACUGACUUCCCUUCGCUGUUUGUUUUUUAUGAGAUUAAGUGUGAAUGGAGACCUCGAAAGAAAGGAUUUUCAAUUGGAAGAAUGAAUUUUGUUCCACCCGGAACUGGAGAGCUUUUUUACAUGAGAUUGUUGUUGAAUGUUCAACGAGGGUGCAGCAAUUUUGAUGAAUUGAGGACAGUGAAGAAUGUAUUGUAUGAUACCUUUAGAGAUGCAUGUGCUGCUGCGGGAUUGCUUAAUGACGACAAUGAAUUUAUUGAAAGCAUAAAGGAGACAUCUCUAUUGGGUUCUGGUCACUACCUUAGGGGGCUAUUUGUCAGAUUGUUGUUAUCUAACACCAUGGCAAAUCUAGUGGCGGUUUGGAACAAAACCUGGCUUCUUAUAGCUGACGGGAUACAAUAUGAUUUAAGGAGAUCUUUGAAUAACCCAGGUACAUGUUAUUUUUUAAAGUUCGAAUGCCAACAUACACAU